GCCGUUUCUCCCCGCCUCUUCCUCUUCCCCGGAGCUGCCAGUACUUGACGUGGCGUCACCUUCCUCUACCCUUAGUUUGCGUGCGUGUUUGCGUGCGGCGGAGGUGGUGGCGCGGACCGGUCAGAGCUCCGCGCUGCUGCUUCUGGUGCUCUCGUCGCUGCCGUUGCUGUCUGGCUGUCUUGGACUGCGGUGCGGACGCGGCACGGGUCACAGCUCCUCAGCCCCGGACGCAGCUCGGCGCGGGGCCCGGCGGGAGGGUGGGCGAGCGCGUGUCGGAGGGAGCCGCGCGGGCGGGCGAGCGGGCGCCCGAGAGGGAAAGAGGCGGGGGCGGCGGGUCAGCCGCGGGCCCGGCCGGCCGGGGGAUGUCGAUGCCUGACGCGAUGCCGCUGCCCGGGGUCGGGGAGGAGCUGAAGCAGGCCAAGGAGAUCGAGGACGCCGAGAAGUACUCCUUCAUGGCCACCGUCACCAAGGCGCCCAAGAAGCAGAUCCAGUUUGCUGAUGACAUGCAAGAGUUCACCAAAUUCCCCACCAAGACUGGCCGAAGAUCUUUGUCUCGCUCCAUCUCUCAGUCUUCCACUGACAGCUACAGUUCAGCUGCAUCCUACACAGAUAGCUCUGAUGAUGAGGUUUCCCCCCGAGAGAAACAGCAAACCAACUCAAAGGGCAGCAGCAAUUUCUGUGUGAAGAACAUCAAGCAGGCGGAAUUUGGACGCCGGGAGAUUGAGAUUGCAGAGCAAGACAUGUCUGCUCUGAUUUCACUCAGGAAACGUGCUCAGGGGGAGAAGCCCUUGGCUGGUGCUAAAAUAGUGGGCUGUACACACAUCACAGCCCAGACAGCGGUGUUAAUUGAGACGCUCUGUGCCCUGGGGGCUCAGUGCCGCUGGUCUGCUUGCAACAUCUACUCCACUCAGAAUGAAGUGGCUGCAGCACUGGCUGAGGCUGGAGUUGCGGUGUUUGCUUGGAAGGGCGAGUCAGAAGAUGACUUCUGGUGGUGUAUUGACCGUUGUGUGAACAUGGAUGGGUGGCAGGCCAACAUGAUCCUGGAUGAUGGGGGAGACUUAACCCACUGGGUUUAUAAGAAGUAUCCAAACGUGUUUAAGAAGAUCCGAGGCAUUGUGGAAGAGAGCGUGACUGGUGUUCACAGGUUGUAUCAGCUCUCCAAAGCUGGGAAGCUCUGUGUUCCAGCCAUGAAUGUCAAUGAUUCUGUUACCAAACAGAAGUUUGAUAACUUGUACUGCUGCCGAGAAUCCAUUUUGGAUGGCCUGAAGAGGACCACAGAUGUGAUGUUUGGUGGGAAACAAGUGGUGGUGUGUGGCUAUGGUGAGGUGGGAAAGGGCUGCUGUGCUGCUCUCAAGGCCCUCGGAGCAAUUGUCUACAUCACAGAAAUCGACCCCAUCUGUGCUCUGCAGGCCUGCAUGGAUGGGUUCAGGGUGGUAAAGCUAAAUGAAGUCAUCCGGCAAGUUGAUGUCGUAAUAACUUGCACAGGAAAUAAGAAUGUAGUGACGCGGGAGCACUUGGACCGUAUGAAAAACAGUUGUAUUGUAUGCAAUAUGGGCCACUCCAACACGGAAAUUGAUGUGACCAGCCUCCGCACUCCAGAGCUGACAUGGGAGCGAGUACGUUCUCAGGUGGACCAUGUCAUCUGGCCAGAUGGCAAACGUGUCGUCCUCCUGGCAGAGGGUCGUCUGCUGAAUCUGAGCUGCUCCACAGUUCCCACCUUCGUUCUGUCCAUCACAGCUACAACACAGGCUUUGGCACUGAUAGAACUCUAUAAUGCGCCUGAGGGACGAUACAAACAAGAUGUAUACUUGCUUCCUAAGAAAAUGGAUGAGUACGUUGCCAGCUUGCACCUGCCAUCAUUUGAUGCCCACCUGACAGAGCUGACAGAUGACCAAGCAAAAUAUCUGGGACUCAACAAAAAUGGGCCAUUCAAACCCAAUUAUUACAGAUACUAAUGGACCAUAUUACCAAGGACCAGUCCACAUGAACCACACAACUCUAAAAGAGAUUUUUUAAGAUAACUUUAAUUUUCUUCUUAUUCCUUUCCUGUUGAUUUUUUUUUCCCAUAAUUUCAUUCUUAUUUUUUCAUCUCAUUAUCCAAGUUCUGCAGACCACACAGGAACUUGCUUCAUGGCUCUUUAGGUGAAACUGAGAUUCAAGGUUCCUCACCCUAGUCACUAAAGAAGGAUUUUACUCUCCCAACCCAGAAAGGUGAUUCUUUCUUUACUGUUUCUGGGGACUUUAGUCUUAAUUGGGUACCUUAUUAAUAGGAAAUGCUAAGGUACCUUCUAUGUGGAACAAUCUGCAAUGUCUAAAUUGCCUUAAAAAGAGCCCAUUUCUUAGCUGUUGAAAUCAGUGCUCUUUCACUUCUUCAGAGGAGCAGGGAUGGUACCUACUAGCCAGGUAGGUUAGAUGUAGGUGGUGCAUGUUGAUUUCCCCAUGUGUUCCAAGCCCUGUUUCCUGUGUAAAGGUGGCAUGUCUGGUUCAGAGAUGUGGACUAGUGAGUGUUGCUUGUUAAGAUCCAGUAGGCCCACUUGGAUUUAGUACAGCCCUUCCUCCACUCCCACCGGACCUUCUCAUUUUUCAAGUUGUUAACAAGACUGCACACUAUUAAGUUGAAUUUGUCCCAUAGCAUUUAUUUCUGUUGUACAAAAAAAAGUGUAAGAAAACUGUUUAGUGUUAACACUGAGGAACUGCUUGGGUGGCUAGUUAUCAGUUUCUCUUUUGAACCUUUGGAGCUAAGAGUGCAGCGUUGGGUCUAGAGAAAUGCUGGUUCCAAACUCUGAUAAAUCCCUCUGUUUCUAGCCCAUAGUUUAUAGCAUUAAUGAACUGGGGCCAGAACAAAUUCUAUCAGCUCUGCCCCAUACAGCUUGUGCUGAAGGCGAAUUUCUUGAGCCAUUACUCAGUAUAAAGCACUGAGCUCUCUCUUUAGGAUUUAUCCUUUAAGGGCAAAUUUCUGGUCAGCUGUGCUUCUGCAACCUAAAAUAUUUAAAGGGAGGAGGAAGGAUAAAUUGGGCCAGGGUGAGGGAAAUCGAGCUCCGUAUAAUUUGCCUGGGACUUUAGGCCUCAUAUAACAUUAGUUUUACAGAAGUGGUACCACUUUUGAUUGACACAUGUCACAAAAAGUUUAUGAACUAAGAUCUUAAAGGGCAGUUUGUGCGUAGAGAAAGGAAUCGGUGUGUCCUGGCUCGUGCUCUGAAAGAAUCCCCAGAGAGGCUCUCUCAAAGAUCAGAGAGAUGUGUUCCCAUGCCAUGCACCCUGCUUACCAGCAUUUCUGCAUGCUCAGAUGAGCUUUAAGUAUAUAAUUAUCCACGAUUCUAAAUCCUCAACUUGUUCUAGCUUGUGAUCCUUCAAAGUUGGGUCAGGCAUUAGUGCUAGGUACUAGGAAUUUUCAUUUCUCUAUUGCCAUUGAUCAGAGAGACAGACAUGAAAAACAGGAAUAUAAGAAAGGAAAGCUUUGACCCUGCAACUUCCUAGCAGGGGACAGUGGUCUUGCCAAAACUUUUUUCCCUUUCCUCUCUUGUUUCUCCCCACCCAGUCCCUUUCCACUCCUUGCCAGUGUGACCAUGCUUUCUUCUCUGUAGAGGUUAAUGGUUCAAGCCCUUUUUCCCAGGGCAUUUAACCAGCCAAUCAGAACACCACAUCCUUUAGGGGAGGUAACCUGGCCAAUAGUGGUAUCCAUCACAUCAGCUCUGCUGGAGGGAAGGGGCCCAGGUCCUGCUGCCCGCUGGCCUGCCCCCUGCUCCUUAUCUAUUACUGUGUCCAUAGGAAUAAUAGGUAAGGGCUCCGUCUCUGUCAAGCCAUGUAACAAAGGACACUCUGGAAAAAUGUCUGGCAUCAGAGGGAGCGUGUGGAGAGCAACUUGGGAGGAACAAGUUUAUUUUGUAUUGAAUGAUUUUUAAUGAAUGCAAUAUUAAUUCUUGCAGAUGAGCAAUAAUCAUUAAAGUCAAUAAAAGUGAUAAGACCUUA